UAAUCGUCUCACUCUUCCUAUUGGUGACCCGGCCACCCCUGACAAAUGGUUUCAACUGCCAGAGAUGGGAUACCUUGUUGCCACAAAGUACCAAUUGGUUCUCGUAUCCUUAUCCUCUAUGGGUUGUAACACAUACUUUCCACUGAUAGGAGCCGGCCCACGAGAUGAGCAUUCUGUUAUAGCUAUUGGACAUGUGAUAAAUCACUGGGUACAGCUCCAAUUAACUCCUGGACAUCCUAUGCCGACUAUUGCUCCCCAGUGGGAAUGGCAUAGUGAUCUUGCCUCCAAAUACUGGCGCAACCUAUAUGGUCCACGUUUAGGCAUGUAUGAUGCACAAUUCCAAGCUUGGCUUGGUGCUUUUAGUGGUCAUGCGGACUAUGUGGACAUCACCACAGAUUGAAUGUUCUUGUAUUGUGUAAUAUUAAUUUGUAAACUCUCUGUAAUUUGGUAGAAUGUGGCCCUUAUCACAGGUUGUUGUUAAUGAUGAAA